UGUAUAUUGAAUUCUUUUCAUUCCAGAGCCACAGGCCCUGACGACUCUUCUUAAAAAACGCACUAUACACUUUUUGACACCCCCCGUAUACGGUAACCAAGCGCAACCCUACGAAUACAAACAAACCGAACAUCCUGUGUAUCGUGAAGCAGAUGUCAAACCCUAUCGACGAACGUAAACGUUACAUGAUGGUUACAUUGUUUUAGUAAAAGUCCGGUUGUUUUGAAUUUGAAUGUGAAUAUGAGCGACCCAACAGAGACAGAUUUGCUGGAUGCCAUCAAGGAUUCCUUAGAGAAAAACGGGACUCUGGGAAGGCUGAAUGGAGAAGUCAGGACUGCUAUUAUGAACGUGUUGAAUCAGAAUUUCGAUCAGCACGACCCGCCGAAAGUCCCCGACGAAACCCGACUGAUCAACGAACUUUUACGAGAAUACUUGGCCUGGAAUGGUUACAUGUACACAGAGCAGGUCCUGGCAGCGGAGUCUGGACACAAAGGGGAAAGGAUGUCCAGGGAUGUGCUGACUACGAAGUUUGGGGUUAUGGAUGACGUCAAGACGGCUAGGAUACCGUUGCUUUACUACAUGGUGGCUGCUUUUCAAGCCGGGGGUGAAGAUUGAUAUAAUUAAUGAUAUCAAGUAAUCUAUGUCUUUAUACUAAUAAAUAUAAAUUGUGUAGAUAUAUAUAUGAUUGAAUUUCUUUUUCGCGAAAAACAUUAAUUUUCUG